ACCCAUUUUUUCUAUCAUCAAGACAUCAACCAACAAACAAGAAAUAUAUCCAAGAACUUGAAUCUUUUCAUAACAUCUUCAGAAGCUUCAAAAGCAUUCAAACUUUCAGACAAAAAAAAAUAUAUAGAAUGGCUUUCGUAAGAAAUCUAUUGGGAGCAAACAAGAUUCUUGGACGCUAUGUAACAGCAGCAGCCGAUACAAGCAAAAGGGCAACCUCGGCUGCGCCAAAAGGGUUUCUUGCGGUGUACGUAGGAGAGGGCCAGAAGAAGAGAUAUGUGGUGCCGAUCUCGUACUUGAGCCAGCCUUCGUUUCAAGCUCUUCUCAAUAAAUCCGAGGAAGAGUUUGGAUAUGAUCAUCCAUUGGGUGGCUUAACCAUCCCUUGUCCUGAAGAUACUUUCAUUAGUGUGACGUCUCGGUUUCAGUGACGAUGUUCCAAAAGUAGAAAAAAACGGAAGUUAGUUAUAGAGAUAUAAUCAUCCAAUGUAAAUAUGUUAACGUUUUACAAUGUGAAAGAGUUAUUCAAUGUUGAA